CUGAUAAUCUUAGGCCCUUUGAUGCUGCGUCUCUACUUCGUCAAAGGAGGCAAAAGUAGAUGGCUAUCAAGCCGGUUAGACACCGCAGCAUGGCCUCUAAUUUUCAUCCCACUAUCUCCUAUCUCCAUCGCCGCAAGAAUCAAGGCCACAACACCAGCCUAUUUUUUUAUCAAUUAUCUGGUUUUCACGAAGACCGCCAUCAUCGGCAUCCUAACCCGUGUAGCGAAUUAGUUGUGCGCCUCCGGGCUAGCCCACCUCCCCGUCUCAACCUCUUCUAUCAUCGUUUCUACGCAGCUUGCUUUCACUGCUAUAUUUGCUUUCCUUAUUGUUAAGAAUAAGUUCACAGCAUCUUCUCUUGUUUUGUUGACCGUGGGGUUGGGUUGGUUGUUUUGCCAGAGGGCGAGUCAAAUAGGUUGCAUGUUUUAGGUUUCACGAUGACUCUUGCAGCUGCAGCUGUGUAUGAGCUGAUUUUGGUAAUGGUGGAGUCAAUUUACUUGAAGGCUAAGCAAUUUAUUACGUACUAUGCCUUUGGGGUGGCGCAUUUGCCGGUCUCCACUGCUUCACUCGUUGCGGCAUCACAACUGGCUUUCACUGCAUUUUUUGCAUUUCUUAUUGUUAAGCAAAAGUUUACUCCGUAUACCAUGAAUGCGGUCGUCUUGCUAACGGUGGAAAUGGUGAUUGUGGCCUUGCAUGGAGGCAGCGACAGACCUAAGGGAUAGAGCAAGAAGAUGUAUGUUUUAGGGUCUGUUUUGACAUUGGCUUUCCAGUGCUGUAAACGGGUUGAUUUUGCCGUUGACUGAACUGGCGCACAAGAAAGCGAAGCAGGCCAUCUGCUACGCUUUGGUGAUAAUGGAGAUUCAGAUUGCGAUUGGCUUUUUCCCCCCACCAACCUGCACCGUUGGCAUGAUCGUGAAUAAUGAUUUUAAGCCCUUUCUUGAUUCAUUCAGAAACACGAAGCUUGGCGAUAAUCAAGUAGACGAAAAUGGAAGCUCAACUCAUUAGCAACCCUACGAGAAAAUUACUGCUUAUGGUAAGCAUCAUUUUACUAACCGUCGGGGCAUGCGGCGGUCCGUUGAUCAUGCGUCUCUAUUUCCUCCAUGGAGGCAAAAGAAUAUGGUUAACAGGGUGGCUACAAACUGCAGCAUGGCCUCUCAUUCUCAUCCCACUUGUAGCUUCGUAUUGCAAUCGUCGCAAGAAACACGAAGGAGGCUCCCACACCAAACUAGUCCUAAUCGAUCUUCGGACGCUCAUAUCAGGAGUAAUCAUCGGUUGCCUAGUCGGCUUAUCCAAUCACUUGUAUUCCUUUGGCGUCGGGCACUUGCCCGUGUCAACCAACUCCCUCAUCCUUGCGACUUCGCUAGUUUUCACCGCAUUUUCAGCUUUCAUUCUCGUCGGCCAAAAGUUUAAUGCGUAUACGGUAAACGCCAUAGUGCUGUUGACACUGGGAUCAGUGGUUUUGGCAAUUCAUGCUGGGAGUGAAAGACCAAAGGGUGAGAAAAAUAAGAUGUAUAUUCUGGGGUUCAUUUUGACACUUGCAGCUGCAGCCUUGUCUGGGUUUCUUCUACCUUUGAUUGAAUUGACGUACAUGAAGGCCAAGCAGGCAAUCAGCUACACCUUGGUGAUGGAGUUUCAGUUGGUGCUGUGCAUUUCUGCCACGGUUUUCUCAACUGUCGGGAUGCUAGUCAACAAUGACUUCAAGGAAAUUUCCCAAGAGGCAAGAGAAUAUCAACUGGGAGAAACAAAAUAUUACUUGGUCCUAGUUUGGUGUGCCAUUAUUUGGCAAUGUUUCACCGUGGGAUUCACUGGAAUAAUCUUCUGCGCUUCAUCUUUGUUGUCCGGAAUCAUGCUCGCCGCUUUACUUCCAAUCACAGAAGUAUUAGCCGUCAUUUUCUACCAUGAAAAGUUCCAAGCAGAGAAGGGCAUCGCUCUUGCCCUCUCUCUUUGGGGUUUUAUUUCGCACUUUUAUGGUGUUAUCAAGCAUGGCAAGAAGCAGCAAAUUCCAGAAGCAGAGAUGCCUUCAGGCACUGCUCCCUGAUUUUCGGGUUGGUGCUGUAUUUCUCAAGAGUCUAAUUAUUAAUUAAUGUACAAUAAUACAAAAUAUAUAUUGUUAUUGUCACUUAAUGUACAAAAUAUAUAUUGUUAUUACAUAAUUUACUUUGAGGACAAUAAGGUGUCCAUCUGAGCA